ACAUGCCAAAAAAUUAAUCUUAGUCCUAACCGGCUUCUGCUGUGCAACCAUCUUGAUCUGAGAUAUGGAACAACUUGUGAAUUUAAUUGUUAUCCCGGCUACUCUCUGGAUGGACCUAGACAAAUCUAUUGUGAUAAAUAUGGAAAAUGGAGCAGAGCACUUCCUAUAUGUAAAGCCUCGCUGUGUCCCUCAAUUCAUCCGGGAAAUUGGAAACACAAAUGCACAAAAGGAUUUCAAUAUGGAAGUCUGUGCUACCGUAUAUGUCCUGUCGGAUUUGACAAGCCACCGGGAGAAAGUGGGGUCAUGUUAUGUCAAGCCAACGGAAAAUGGAGGGGGCAUUUUCCUGACUGUAAAGGUCCAGUGUCGCAAAGACCACGACUUCAAGCCUGGCUACCCGUUCUAUGAAAUGCUGGUUUGUGGAGACAGUGGAAAAUGGGAGCCAGAAAUGGCUCUCCCUAUUCCAUAA